AUGAGGUGAGAAAUGUUGCUUUUUGUUCCUUUUUUCAAUGUUCUAGUUGCUUAUAGGAUUUGAAGUUUUUUAUUGAUUUCAGCUAUAGUUUAUACAGGAAGGCUGGGAACAGUUUACUAGCUGCGUUUUUCUCUCAUCGUUUUUUUCUUAUGUUUUUCGUUCUGUUCCUCUUUAUUUUCAUAUAAAAAAAAAGCGCAGACAAGUUAAACUAUGCAAGUAGUUUCAAAUGAGUUUUUCUUGACUAGAGCUUUUUGUGUACCCAUAGAACCGCUUGCUUUUGUAGAAAUCAUACGCACGAUGGGAUAGAAUUAAUUGAUAGAAGUCCAACGGCUGACAGGUCAAUCUCUUCGAGCGAAGAAUCUCAAAAUGCCGAAAUUUCUUACCGCCUACCUCUCCGAAAGCAACUUUGGAUGAAAAGCGACGAGUCAAGGCGAAUCUUUGAAUUUAGCACUUCUAAUAACUGGAAAGUUUAGAGCCUACAUGUUCAAACUGUUCACGUGUUUCUACGCUUUAUUCAUAGUUAUAACAGGAGUUGUAAUCGAGCUCUCGAACAUUAUUUCCAAUGAAGGGAUGUCGACAAAAUCCGGAAUUAAAAGCAUGGUCGAUAAAAUCGAGAAAUCUUUCUCUUAAAUUGUUUAAUGUUUCAGAUCCUAGAAGGUUGGCUCUUCGGUUGCUCUAUCAUUUUCAUAUUUUACUGUGCAUAUCUCGUUGGGCGUCAUCAUCUGGAAGUUUUGUCCAAAAGGAAAAGUGCUCGUAUGAGUUCAGGAUUCAGCGCUGAAGUGGAGGUUCUGAUAAUUUCAAAGUCACGCUUCUGACUUAUUCAUUGAGAAAUUUACUUAGAUUGAAUCAACAAUCCGUUUAAACAUCAAAUUUGAUUCGAAAAUAUGAAAAAAAAACGAAUUGAAAGAAAACUUCUGUCAGCUUUGUUGAAUCGCUUGUUUUCAAAAUAUUAUCGAAACAUGCCUUUGAAUUCUCUCAUAGAGUUUUUUUUAUUUGGAGUGUAUUCGGAUUUUCAGUGAAUUUUUAGGUUCUUGCAAACUCUUUCACAGGAAGUUUGUACUUGCGACUUGGAUGCGUAUGUCAGUGAAAAAAAAAAUUUUUUAAUUUUUUUCAAUUUUGUUUAGUGUUCGGAAUGAUUGGAGUGGUAUACUAUUCUUUAAUUGUUCUCAUUUGUCUACUUGGUUGGAGCUCAGCAGAAGGAGAGUGCAGUUCGAUGUAAAUUUCUUUUAAAACUAAAAAACAAUACUUUUCACUCAAAUAUUCAGUGCAAACAUUUUGAACUCUAUGGCUGGAGUUUUCAUUUUUGUUCAAAUGUGGUUUGUCUACUGUAAUGGAAAGGUUUUCAUGAAAUUGGGGGUAAAAUCAUAACCAAGAGAAAAAUUCAGAUCAUCUUCGAAGGCCAAGGAAGUCUUGCAAGAAUGGGUCUCAUGCAUCUCACGGGAACUAACCUAUGGAUGUGGCUGAAAUACAUUUUAUACGAAGAGGUUGAAACCGUUCGAGAAAUAAGGUUUCUAAAUUUUCAACAUUGAUAUUUUACUUUAAUUCAGAGAGAUGCAGAUCAGACAUGAGGAGCCGCAUCAUCAUGUUCACCCAGCUGGAGAAUGCAGGAUAUUUACUUUUUUUGAGAAAAAAUUUUUUCUUCAGUCUUGAUGGUUGGUAACAAUUCGGAAUCUUCUUGUACCGGCGUUUUGUGCUUGUUUUCGGGUUUCAACGAGUUCAUGUGGGUUAAUCUGCCUAAAAAAGCUAUCCCUUUGUUACAGGUACACUUGUGUAGUAGAAUAUUCUCUGAUUUGUGCUGGAGUCGCUUUUGUGUUCUGGACGAACAUUGAGAGAUGCCGCAGAGAACAGGUACCUCCAAAAAGUCUUUUGAAGGUUUUCAAGUUUCCAGGUCGAGAAAAGGAUGAGAAAACGGAGUAUUCUCAAAAUCGAUUGCUCAAGAACAGCCGAAGGAUUAUUCGUCGGUAAAUUCCUGAUUUAUUUUUGAACAGUCAAUAUUUUUCUGAAUUAGGGUUUGGUUUUGUUAUUUUGACCAUUGUGUCGAUCGCAUUAUUCAACGCAUAUUCGGGAGAAAACGAUACAGCCAUUUGGGUCAGUUUUCAUGAGAUUGUACAUAAUGACAUUCGUAUUAAGAUAUUUUCCUGUACGAACUUAGUCUUCUUCAUCAUUUCCACGUUUAUCUGUGGUUUUGGAAUCUGGAGAACAAGGUGGCUCAAGUUCUCAUUGGAAGACGACGACGAAGAAGACGAUAGUGCAGAGCUUCUGGACGCGAUACUUCUUGUAGUAGGACUCAUCGGGGAGCUCAUUUUCGGAACAGGUUUUUUUUUCCAGUGAAUGAAAUUGAAUUCGUUGAACUGACUCAUACCUCAUGACGCUUUUGGUUUGUAUUUGGAGUUUUAAUUUUGGACACGAGAGAUUUUAUGAUUUUCUCUAUCUGAAGUAAAUAUUCCAACUAAAAUCUGGCUUUUUGUUAUUGCUGAGGCUGCGAAAUCUGUACACUUGACCUUUUUUUAAAAAAUGUUCAUCGGUUUUUUUGUAACGAAGAUUUAAGUUGAGAACUACUGCCGUUCCAAUAAACUUCAAACUCUUGUAUAUUUUCGAGUAAAGCUCGAUUUGAUUGACGUUUCGAAAGAAAUGAUUUACAAAAGAUUCGCCAAAAAAGGACGCCGCACUUUGGAUGACUUUGCAGGCGGUAUCCUCUCUUUUGUGAAUCAUCCUUCAAAAGGCCUACCGCUCGUCGUUUUUCUCACCAAUAUCUUCCGCCUGGUAUUUUUUGAUUCAAAACCCGUUCGAAAUCAAAGGAAAAAAAUAAAGGUGCAAGUAACGAUACAAAGUGGCUUCAUUAUUGUCUGUGGCAAGCUUCGGAUUGAUGAUAAUGAUGUCCAGAUGAUGCGAUAUAAACCAGGAAAACAAGUUCGACUUUGAAGUUUUUUCAUCUCUUUGAGCUUUUUUUCAGGUUAUCACCACAUUACUUCUAAUUAAUUGUUGUCAGUUUUUAAUGAACGUCUUUGAAGCUCAAAAGGUAAGUUAAAAACUUAGAGUCUUCAUUUAUUAGCCUAAAAGUGGGAGACGGAGUUUUUUGAACUGAGUUUGAAUCAAAGACUCCUAAACAACCUCGAGGUUUCAUCGAAUACGUAACAAGACACUUUCUGCGCUGUUUUUAAUAAGAAUAAACAUUUCUGUUGAAAAUUCGCCACAAAUAGACAGCUAGCAAAUAAGAGCUUGGUAUUUUUAGAACAGUAGUCAUAGUUUAUGUUCCAAUUAAACUUAUGAACUCAUAAUACAAAAGACUAUAUCAAUUUACCGUUUCAGGUUGGCAUAAAUGAUGAAAUGAUAGCCUUGUAUGGAUCUCACUAUUGGGCGAUUGUAGUAAGAGGCUGCUCCCCUUUAAUCAUUUUCUACAGGUACUAUUCUUUCCAAUCAAUUUAGUUUUCGAGCUUUUUUCAGGUUCCACAGUUCAGCUUGUUUUGCUGAAAUAUGGAAGAAAACGUUCCGCCCUCCCAAGAGCGAGCACCGGAGCCUUCAUAUUUGA